UCCUCCAUGUCAGAUUCCAACAAAACCGACUUCACCAACCCCUCCACCUUCAUCCUGCUGGGCAUUCCGGGCCUGGAGGUGGCCCAUGUCUGGAUCGCCAUCCCUUUCUGCACCAUAUAUACCAUAGCCAUCUUGGGGAACUUCAUCAUCUUGUUAAUCGUGAAGACGGAACCAAGCCUCCAUGGACCCAUGUACUAUUUCCUCUGUAUGCUGGCCGUCACUGACCUGGUCCUGUCCACGUCCACUGUGCCCAAAAUUCUGAGCAUCUAUUGGUUCAAUUCCAGGGAGAUCGAUUUCAGUGCCUGCCUCACCCAGAUGUACUUCAUUCACUGCUUCUUAGUGAUGGAGUCUGGGAUCUUCGUGGCCAUGGCUUUUGAUCGCUACGUGGCCAUCUGUGAUCCCCUCAGACAUUCCACCAUCCUGACAAACUCCAUGGUUGCCAAGAUCAGCCUGGCCGUGGUGCUGCGCGGCUUCAUGCUCAUACUGCCCUAUCCUUUCCUAGUGAGGCAACGGCCAUAUUGCAGAACCAACAUCAUCCCCCACACGUACUGCGAGCACAUAGCUGUGGUGAACCUGGCCUGCACCGACACACGUGUCAGUAGUUACUAUGGCCUCUUUGUAGUGUUCUGUGUGAGGGGUCUGGAUAUGAUUUUUAUCGCUGUGUCCUACACCCAGAUCCUCAAGGCCAUCUUCAGCCUCCCCACAAAGGAUGCCCGGCUCAAGGCUUUGGGGACCUGCAGCUCCCACCUCUGUGUCAUCUUAACCUUUUACAUCCCAGUUAUUUUCUCCUCCCUCACGCACCGGUUUGGCCACAAUGUGCCCCUGCAUUUCCACAUUCUCAUUGCCAACGUGUACCUCCUGGUGCCCCCCAUGCUAAACCCCAUCAUCUACGGAGUGAGGACCAAACAGAUCCGGGACAGGCUGCUCCGGCUCUUUACAAAUAAAGGGACUUAA